AUGCCACGUUUGCUCCCACUCGCUCGAUUCUCGACCUCACACAAGGCCCUCAGACCUCUUCACUACCACCUCCCACUAUUCCCAGGAUUCCAACUGUUAGAUGUCGCAGCCCCACUCGACAUUCUCAAUAUCCGUACCCAGUACCCUGACACGGCAGACAUCACCCUGACUGUAUCAGCCGCAACUUUGGAUCCAGUCUCCGUCAAGCCAAUACCACCCCCGAAAGCCAACUGGAAAUUCGAGAUCCCCACCAACGCAGCUUGCAACCAACAUAUCGUGCCGCAGUGUACUUUUGCUGACGUGAUUUCCGGCCUGAAAGCGGGGGAAGCCCGUGGCGACAUCCAGCCCGUUGACGUGUUGAUCAUCCCGGGUGGUCCAGGCACACGUUUGGAUCGCAUUUCCGAUACGUUUGGAGACCGAGUCUCGAACACACAGGAGGUACAAGAUUUUCUGGUCGAUGUUGCACCCUACGUUCGACACAGUAUCAUCACUAUCUGCACAGGAAGCCAUAUCCUCGCUCAAACAGGCCUUUUGAAUCAUCUACGAGCCACUACCAACUCUGCCCGCUACAGCGAUGUCACCGGUACUUCACGCAGAGUGAACUGGCAGCAUAAUAAGCGAUGGGUACGUGAUAUCAUACCGAAUGAUACAUCCGGGCGACUGCUGCCUGGAAUUGAGAUCUGGACAUCUGCUGGGAUCACAGCAGGGAUUGACGUGAUGUUGGAGUUCAUCUCGGCGCAUUAUGGAGGCCUCGAAAUCGGAAUGCAGACUGCGAGGCGGAUGGAAUAUCGCUGGGAGCGGGAGCGGGAGGCCUCGUAUUUCCUGUGA